GGCACAUCCAUCGAAUGGAGAUGAGACAACCGGAAUUUAUUGAGAUCAUACAUACAAGAUAUGCACAUACUUUCGGAGAUAGCUCUCAUGCCUGCCUUAGGGGGGUUCACGCAGAGGAGUUUUCGGCUAUUGUAAAAGCUGAAGCUUGGAGAUUCACAUCCUCGAAUAGUCAGGAUUGAAUGUCUUGAUUUUUAACUUUAGCAUCAAGUCUAUAAAUAUAAGGUAGGAGAGUGUGCGUCACCAUGUUUUGCCGCGAGACUGCACGUCACUAUGAUCCGCGAGUUUGAUCCAAGGCAGCAUAUGCCAUGUACGUGACUCUGCCAGAAACGAGCCUACCCGCUGCAUCUAGUGAG